GGCCCCGCGGCGUGCGGGCCCGCGGGUCCCGCCAUGGCGGCGCUGCCCGGGCCGCGCAAGCGGAGCGGCGCCGCGCUCUGCGGGGAGAGCGGCGCUGCGGCCGCCGCGCCGGCGCUGCACAGCGCCCUGCCUCCGCACAAGCGCCCCAAGAGCGCCGCGACCGGGAUCAUGGACUCCUUCGGGGACAGUGAUGACUUCACGGCGGACGACCUGGAGCAGAUCGACAUCCUGGCCUCGCAGGCGCUGUCGCAGAAUCCGCCCGCGGAACACGCGUGGGGAGUGCCGGAGCUGCCCGCGGGCGGGCGGCAAGCAGGAAGCAGAGCAGAAGAUGGUCUGAUGAGAGAUGCAUUCCAGUUUGAAGUGCUACAGACACAGCAUGAAGAAGUCAAACAGAAGCUGAAAGAAAUGCAGGAUGAAAUUCUCACUAAAAAUGGAGAAAUUAAAAUUCUGCGUGACUCAAUGCAGCAGAUGGAGUAUGCUAUGGAAGAACAGAAAAGAUCUUACCUGCUACUGGAAGAACAAAAAUCUCAGAUUUUAAGUGAAAAAGAAAAAGAGUUCUCCAAAAAGUUACAGUCCUUGCACUCCGAGCUGCAGUUCAAGGACGCAGAAAUGAAUGAAUUAAGAACACGACUUCAGAACUGUGAAAGAAACAAACACCUUUCUCAGGCAGUUCCAACAACAAGCCCUAAAAAGAAUCUUGUGGUACAAGUGAAAUCAGAAGGAUGUUCUCCACAGCCAGAAAGAAAAUCUUUUCCUACAAAGGAAUCCUUCAAUGCUGAAAUGCCCACUAGGCCAUUGUGUUCUUCAGGAAACUUGAUGGCCCUGACUACUUCAGUCAAAGAAGACAGGAAGAUAACCCAUCCUGAUGUUUCAUCCCUGAAGCAGCACAAAGCAACAGGAAAAAAGGGUUCCUACAACUCUGUCCCCAAACGAAAUAGACAAGGUUCUAUCUUGCUGAAUGCACUGAUGAAGCAGCCUGUUGUCCCCGGGUCACUUCUAGGUUUCUGCCACCUUCUCAGUAGCAACUCUGAGCCUCUAUCUGGAGCUGUGUUGCCACCCAACGCUUUGGAUACGAAGCCCACACAACUUCCCAGCAGCAGGACAACUCAAGAAGGAAUUGCUCCUCUUGUAUCCCUGCAAGAUGCUCAAAAACUGGCAAUAACAGGACUGAACUUGAUUGCUCUGGAUGAAGGAUUAUCUGAGGAAAACCCAGCAGAAGGGCAGGGAGGGCUCCUGCCCCUCACACAGAGCAGGAUCCAAGGUGCUGUGCAUCUCCUGCCCUUGGUGGAGCACCACGUUGCUGCCUUCUGCCAAGCAGAGCAGCUCGGGGACACCCCCGGGAAUGGAACUUGUGGGACCCAUCCAGCUGCUGCUUCCAGAGCCAGCACAAACACAGGGUCAGGCAAGGAGGACUUCAGGUUGUCCCUUGAAGAAACUACUCUUGUGUCACUGGGGAUCCUUUAUUAUUUGGUGUUCUACAGCCAGGAUGUUGUCCACACCUUGCUGUCUGCUGAAAUGGAAAACGGUUCUGCUGCUGGAGAUGAACAGGUUCCCAAGAUGGACCAAAAUGUGUUGUGUGACAAUCAGCGUGACAAUAAAGAAGAGAGCAGGACACAAGGAGAGCUGCCUGCUCCACAGGAUCCUCCCAAUACUGAUGGAGCUCAGCAUUCUUUGUUUAAAAAGCUGCUUCAGAUUUUAGCUUUUUCUGCUGCAAGGGGUUCCCAGAUUGACAAUAUCCUGAACCAAAGCCUUAAGGUUUUGGUAAAAUUAGCUGAAAAUUCAACUAUGGACUUGUUAAUAAAUUUCCAGCACUUACUGAGUAGCCAGGUGCUGCAGCGCUGUCUGCGGCCCGAGACCCCUCUGCCUGCUGUGCUUCUGACUGUGAGACUCCUGUGUGCUCUUGCUCAGCACCACCUGUUGGUUGCUCAGCUCUGUUCUCAUUCAGACACCUGCCUUCUCCUUGCACUCUACAUGUACAUAACAUCAAGACCAGAUAAAUCAGCAUCUGAAAUGCUUUGGCUUCAGCUGGAGCAAGAGACAGUGAGGCUCCUGACACGCUGCGUGUGGCGCUCCAGACCAGCAGUUUUAUUUCCUGGCACAGACUGUCAGUGCUAUCUCGAGGUGGUUAAGGCACUAAUUGUGAUGUUGCACAGACAGUGGAUGAAGAUUAGAUCUGAGACCAGCUUGUGUGCACAUAGGGAACAAGUUAUUCAGUUUUUACGGGAUGCUCUUUUACUCUUGCACAGCCUGUCUCAGAAAGAUAAACUGUUCCAUGAGCACUGUUUGGAAGUUCUCCAUCAAUACGACCAAGCCAUGCCAGGCAUAAGAGCCAUUCUCAAAAAGACUCAAAAACUGAGUGCCUCUGAAGAGCUGAUUUUGGAUGAAUUGUAUCCUCCUGAGCCAGAAGACCAAGGAACAGACUCCAGCUAGCCAACAGCAAAGAUCUGUGUCCUUCCUCAUCUGAAUCAUCAUUGCCAAUGUAAAUGUGAACUUUGAAUCAUCCUUUUAAGUGAUGAUCUUGGGUUGCACUCAAACACAGCACAACUAGACACAUUUCUUUGUUAUAAUUAUUUCUGUGCUAUCUAAAUGUAGCUGAAAGCAAAGGAAUUUUGAUGAGAGUGAUACUGCUGUGCAAACCACUCAAUGGCUUAUGACUGGUUCUGGUUAUGAAUUCCAUCCUGUAUGAAACCGCUGUGAAUGGAAUGGAAAUUUCUCUCUAUUCUCCAUGUUACUGUGACUACAGCUGAAUUUAUGGUGCUGAAUGUGCCAAGGUGUUUGUCAUCACUGCAUUCAUAUGAAAGCCUUUUGAACACACUUGUGUCUUUUGUAGAUGUACCACUUCCUUGUGUGACUUCCAGAAUUUUCAUAUUGUUGAUAUUAGUAAACAGUUUAUGGUGAUUUUAAAAACCUUUCUAGAAAUAACUUAAGAAUUGGCAGUUCACUACAGGGCUUUGAAUUUCUUGCUGAGGACUGGUCACCUGAGCUCACUCAAUUACAUCAAUCUGCUGAAGGUGUAAUUACUAAGAUGCCAAAACAAACAAUACUAGAAUUUAUAUUUUACAGUUCCCCUUAAAAGAGUAAGACGGUACUGUUGAGAGUUGCAUCCUAGGCAAUAGAAGGAUAUUUAAAUGUGUGCAGAAUGACUGGAAUUUUUGGUCAUGAUGAAGACGAAGGAGCCUCUCAUUCCUAGGAUUCAGCACCAAAGGUUGGAGGAAGAGCUGCUGCCCCACCCUUUGAAGUGUACGUGACUUUCACUUACUGUCACACUGGGCUGCAAGUCACCAGCUGAGCCUUAGACCCUAAAAAGGAAAGUGUGUUAUUAAAAUGAGCCCACAGGUGUGGGUGUGUGUGUUUAGAUGGGAGAGCUCUUUUCCAUUUUCAACAGGGACAUGGUUAAGAACAAGCCUGGAUCCAGGAACCAGGAGGACAAGAGACUGUACAAGAGUGGGAAGGAAGACUCUGGAAAAUUGGGAGACAUUCUGUUCUCUGGUCAUGCCCAAAGCGGCUGUGACCUGCACAGCAAAGAGAGCCCACUCCAGUGUGCUCAGCAAGCUCCUGGCUUGGCUCUUGCUUUAGAAGAGAACUUUCCUAGAAAUGCCUAUGCAGGAAGAACUGGGAUAAUAACCCAGCACCUCCAGAAGGCCAAAGCUCCUUCUUCCCCCCAGCCUGGGCUUAGCCUCCUCCUCUCUGAGCAGCAACUGCACCAGGCAGGGCCAGGUUGUUUCUGUGAAACACAAGCUGCCAACUGCUCCUCUCAGUAACUGGUUUGAAGUCCCUGGUAGCACCUGGAAAACUGCCAUGUGCCUGCUGAAAUGCACCAAGGAAUAAUGCAGAGCCACAGAGCAGCAAAGCCUUCCAAGCCUGUGUGUGCUUGCAUGGUCAGAACCCUGGAACUGUCACCAGGCCCUGGACAAGACAAGCUGCAGAUAUUGGUGUGACAAAAAACAUUUCAUUUGUCCAUGUAAAAUAAGUAAAUAAGCAAAUAAACAAAGCAACCCAAAACAAAAAAAA